UACCACGGAAAAACGGGCAAAACGUCGAUACGAUGUCGCAGCCCCUCUUUACGGCGAUUGUGUUCCAACUCCAUUGACCUGUCCGUUGGAAAAUAUUGUUAUUUUCGAAGAUUUUUACGAGAAAUUCACGAAAUUAAUUCAAAAUGGGUAACGAAAGUUCGCUGCCUAUGGAACUCUGUUCGAACUUUGAUGUAGACGAGAUCAGAAGAUUGGGAAAAAGAUUUCGAAAGUUAGAUUUGGAUAAUAGUGGAGCUCUCAGCAUUGACGAAUUUAUGUCUCUGCCUGAGUUACAACAGAAUCCACUAGUUCAACGUGUUAUCGACAUAUUUGAUGCAGAUGGCAAUGGAGAAGUGGAUUUCAAAGAGUUUAUCCAUGGGGUAUCUCAAUUUAGUGUAAAGGGUGACAAAGAAAGCAAAUUACGAUUUGCAUUUAGGAUUUAUGAUAUGGAUAAUGAUGGUUACAUAAGCAAUGGAGAGCUUUUUCAAGUGUUAAAAAUGAUGGUAGGCAAUAACUUGAAAGAUACACAAUUACAGCAAAUUGUCGAUAAAACAAUACUAUUUGCUGAUAAAGAUGAAGAUGGCAGGAUUAGUUUUGAAGAAUUUUGUUCUGUUGUUGGCAAUACAGAUAUUCAUAAGAAAAUGGUAGUUGACGUUUAAGUGACCAAAGUUUGUGAAAAAAAAAACUUAAUUUACAAAACGUGGUAUGUUAAUUGAAAUCUAUAAAUUAAUAAUCUAUUAACAACAAGAUUUAUGGGAUAGUUCUAACAGAGAUCUGUUUAGAGUGAACUUAUACGAUUAUUGUUCUUAAGCCUUUGAUCAUUACAAGUCUAUCCAAAAUGGAAAAUUCUCAUGGUACCAAACUAAUACAGCAUGGCAUACAAAUGUUAGAUUAACGUGAUAUAAAUCAUUUUGAUGUCGUAAAGGUUAAAAGUAUGGAUCGAAUCAAAUUAUCUUGUUCUAUAUGUUCCGUUAAAAAAGUAAAGAUAAUCGCAACGCGAUCUGUGAAGUGAUUAGUAAUCUUUAACUGACAUCUCUUAAUGCUACAUGGUUUCCAAGAUUUUCUUUGAAAACUUGCGGGAAUGUUAGUCUUCUCAAGCGCCUGUCAAAAAAAUUUCGGACAUAGAUGCACUUUGUUCCUUUUUACUAAUUCUCAGUGGAAAAGCACGAAAGUAAAAUCAAAUUUUACAUUAUUAGUACGAUCAUUUAUAUCAUGAAACUUAUAUUUUCCAUCAUUGUUUACAAAUAAUAAUUGUUAAUAUUAUUCUCAACGACAUUUUAAUAUUGUUGUAAUCGCAUGGAUGUCCUUUUCUUAAAGGUUUCAUUCAAUAGCCUCGGCGAGUGUUCUUAAAAGUACUUUUUAAUUAAAGGUACUUUUUAAUUUAAUAUUUUAGUAUAUUAAUAUCUGAAGAUAUUAAUAUAUUAAUAUUUUAGAAAAAUUAUAAAUAUUUAGAUAAGCCAAUUAUUAAGAUGUAUUACGUUUAUAAUAAACAAUUACUAAUUGUGCAUUCGGAAGAUACAGUGAGGCAGAUUUUACGGAGUUAUACAAAAUAUUAAUUAUUAAGCAAGAAGUCUACUUGAUUAGUCCUUGAGUAUAUAAGAUUUGCGUGUACAAACUAUAUUAACAUUGAAUAUUUGUAAUUUUCGAAUGUACGAUUUAUUUAUUUAUUUAGAUAUUUAUUUAUUUUAUAUAUAUAAAAUUAGUCUCCGCAAAAUAAUUUAUCAUUAUCAAAUAUAUUAAGAUAUUUAUAAUACAAAUAAGUUUAUUUUAUCAUUGUUAAUUGUUUCUAUGUAUACUUACAUGUUACAUGAUCUUAUCAUAUGUCUAAUUAAAGUUUAAAAUUGUGAAAUAUAUUAAGAUUAAUCUAUUGUAUGAUAUAUUUAAUUUUUGCUGCAUUUGUAAAAUACAGAUGUUCUGAUAGAUU